CAGUCCUGUAAUGAGCAGAUUUUAGACAGAGAGAUAGAAAGAGCCAGAGAGAGGCCAAAAACCAGGAGAGGACGGAUGACUUGGUGGAAUUGGGAUACAACAAUCCAGAUUUAGGCGAGUGCUAAAAUGGAAAGGACAGAGGGAAAAGGGGAGGAAUAAUUUUCUGCUUAUAUUUUUUCCUCUUGCUCUUCACAGCCUCAUCUUCAGGAAAGAGCCUCAUAUUAAGAUCACAGCAGAGCAAAGAGGAGAAAAAAGGUGAAGAAAUAAGAUACGGAAAAAUAUUCACACUCCAUUAUUUCUGCCGAGGAGUGCGUGCAAGGCUGAGGCUGCAUGUGUGUGGUUAUGGAUGUGAUUUUCUGAGUGUUAGCUUGGAUUGCUUGUUUCCAGGCCAUGCUAUAGAGAAAUAUCUUCAACUUCUCUGCUCCUAUGAUUUUUUUUUAAAUGCCGUAGGAGUGCAGCAGCAUCCCUACCCCAUCUCCCUCUCUGUUUGCUGGUGCAGCAGGGAUGUGGGGAUGCUGUAAUGUCUGACUGAGCUGAGCUCGGUUGCUGCCGCUGUCGCCGCUCUGUGGGCCUCUGGGACUGGAAACACCUAGGCCUUGCUUGUCUGGAGUGCCCUGCUGCACGGCUGAGGCAACGGGCCGGCAAGCUGCCAGGCUGCGUGGAGCUGAAAGUGGACGAGGAAGUAGAGGCAGAGGAAGGGGAGAAGUACUCUGAGCCUGCAUACCCAUGGGCAGCUGUGUUCAUCACUCUAGGCCCAUUGCUGAGGCUUAGAUUGCUUCUCCAUCAUAGGGUGAUGCUUUUUGGGCCAUCUUCUCGUUUUUAUAAUGAGCAGCCAGUGUUUUUUCUCCUAAACUAAGAAGAGAGGGUGAGUCAAGGCCCUACACCUCCAUGCUACUUGAUUCAAACGAGGCCUCAUUCCUUCUUGCUCCCUCUGAGUGAACCAGGCCCUUGUCUUUUCUUUUUCUUGACAUUCUAAGGAUUUGCCUAAACCUGUUUCAUGCAUGUCCACUGGAGGCAGGUUUGACUUUGAUGAUGGGGGGUCGUACUGCGGGGGGUGGGAGCAGGGUAAGGCCCAUGGCCGAGGGGUGUGCACAGGGCCCCACGGACAGGGCGAGUACGCAGGGACCUGGAGUCAUGGCUUUGAGGUCUUGGGUGUGUACACUUGGCCCAGUGGGAACAACUAUCAGGGCACCUGGGCGCAGGGCAAGCGGCAUGGCAUUGGAGUGGAGAGCAAGGGCCGCUGGGAGUACAGAGGGGAGUGGACGCAAGGAUUCAAAGGUCGCUAUGGGCAGCUGGAGAGCACAGCCAGUGGGGCCCGGUACGAGGGGACAUGGAGCAAUGGUCUGCAGGAUGGAUAUGGCACUGAAACCUACUCUGACGGAGGAACCUACCAAGGCCAGUGGCUGGGAGGCAUGCGUCAUGGCUAUGGUGUGCGUCAGAGUGUGCCAUACGGCAUGGCGGCCGUUAUUCUCUUCCCUUUGCGAACAUCCAUAAACUCCCUCCGCUCCGAGCACAGCCACGGCCCUCCGGCUGUGCUGGAGGAUGGCACUGCCACCACCCCCACAGACGGGGUGGUGGCCGGGCUGGCUGGGAGCCCUGUGGGCCGAGGUGGGUUCGCUCUGACAGCUCCAAGUGAAACUGAACGACAGAGGAAGAGAAAAGGCCGCUUCCGUCAGUCCAUCCUCAGCGGACUGAAGCUUCGACGCUCUGAGUCCAAAAGCUCUCUGGCCAGUCAGCUCAGCAAGCAGAGCUCCUUCUGUAGCGAAGCUGGCAUGAGCACCGUCAGCUCUGCUGCGUCUGACAUCCACUCUAACGCAAGUGAGAGUGAGCAGGGUUCUCCUGUGGAUGCCACCGUCACUGAAAUGUACGCUGGUGAGUGGCGGACCGACCAGAGGGCUGGAUGGGGCGUGAGUCGGCGCUCAGACGGCCUGCAUUACGCAGGCGAAUGGGCAGGGAACAAGAGGCACGGAUAUGGGUGCACUACUUUCCCCGAUGGCACCAAGGAGGAGGGAAAGUACAAGCAGAAUGUGCUAGUGAGUGGAAAACGCAAGAACCUGAUUCCACUGAGGGCCAGUAAAAUCAGAGAAAAGGUGGAUCGAGCUGUCGAAGCUGCUGAGAAGGCUGCAGACAUUGCCAAGCAGAAAGCUGAGAUUGCCAUGUCAAGGAUGAGCCAUGCUCGUGGGAAGGCGGAGGCAGCUGAAGGAGUGGCACAGAAGGCCAUGGAAGAGUGUCGACUGGCCCGGAUAGCUGCCAAAGAACUUUCUCCCUCCUUCCACAUCUAUGGGAAUGGGCUCGAAUGUCAGAGGCCCAAGCAUCAGGACACCAAGGACAAAGACCAUGAGGUCAUCUCCACAGAAACAGACAGUCCGGAGCUGUGCACUCCAGACACCACGCCACCUGAUCUCAGCCCCAUGCUGAGUGUACCCACCUCACCCCCCCACAGUCCACCCAAGCACACCCAUCACCCCAGAAAUGCUUGCUUCAUGCGUCAGACUGCUGUGGAUGAUCAAGGCGGGGCCGAGAUCCAGGUAAUGGUGGAGGGGCGGGGGAUGGAUCUGUCAAGGGGAGGGGCUAACAAUUGGACCGAUGACAUGUAUCCAGACCGAGGAGGCAGCAGCCGCUCUACCACACCCUCCCUUCUGGAAGAGCAAGAGGGUCAGAUCAAUGGCCACGAGCAAGCACCUUUGUCCAACCACAAACCACGGGAGAAAUGCUUGUUCAAUCAUAAGUCCCGGGAAUAUACUUCCUCCUACAGAGCGUGGGAGCACUCCUUGACCAACCAAAAGCCCUCCAAACAUGCCUCUUCCAAUCAUAAGUCAAGGGAGUAUUCAUCCUCCAAUCACAAAACAUGGGAUCAUUCUUCCACCAAUCACAAGGCUAGCGAACAUGCUUCUUCCAGCUACAAGCCACAGGUGCACAUUUUAUCCAAUCACAAGGCCUUGGAACAUAACAUGUCCAAUCACAAGACUGAGCAUGCUUCUUCCAAUCACAAGUCCCAAGGUUAUACCUCCUCUAAUCACAAUGCAAAGGACCACGUCUCUUCUAGUUACAACCUUCCAGAGCAUGCCUACUCCAACCACCAUGUAAAGCAGCACAACCCCUGCAACCACAAGCUUAACGAGCAUGCUGUAAUUGACCAAAGGCUAGAUGGCCUCACUGGGGGCUGGACUGCUGAAAGUACCGUUAGGUGGAGUCCUGCCCACUCACGCCUGACAGAGCAGGAUGAGGAAAGGAUGAAUGACUAUAUGGUUGACAUGAGACUUCAGUGUCCAGACUCGCAGACAACUCGGAGUCUGGGCCAGGAGUCUCCAGCCCCCAAAAACAACAGGCUGCGAUCUCGAGGCCUUCGGCCAGUCAGAGAGGGAUCCAUGGACUCUGUACAGAUGCUGGAUAACCUGAAUGUGGGGGCAGAGCUGGAGGAGUGGCCACUGCACAGGGACCUCACCCUCUCCCCACCCCUAAAGUCUCAGCCCAUCACUCUGGAGCAGGAAGGAGAGCAUCUGACCCUCAAAUCAAACUCAGGCUCCAGCUCUAUUCUGGUGGUUAUGGUCAUUUUACUCAAUAUUGGAGUAGCCAUUCUUUUCAUUCACUUCUUUAUUUAAGCUUAUACAGGUAUGAUUUACUAAGACUUAUUGAUAACUACAGUAUAUUAUAUUAUUACGUACUGAGAUGGACUUUCUGCCUAUUCGACUGGAGCCCGCAGCCCAAGUGACGGACACAGCAGAGCCUUUCUUUUGUUGCUACUGCUCUUUUCACCUCCGUUAAAGCCUGUUUCAGUUUCUCUGAGAGCACUGUUCCUUUUCAAAUGCUUAUUUUGAGCUUGCAACCAUAGAAAAAAAAAGUUGCCGGAUUAGAGUCACAAGAACGUAAAGUGUGCAGCUUUAAAUAAACUAGUGUGGUGUAUCAGGACACACAUGCAUGGGUGUCCAUCAUCUGCUGUUAGAUGGACUGAAGAUGGCACAGGCAGUUUUGCCCAUUUUUCCUCCACUCUAGACAAGAAUAUAGCAACCCUUGUUUCCUGAUCAUCAUGACAAAUGUGCUAACCAAGAGCACAGCACAUACAUUCCAUGCUAAACCCCACAGACAGUAACUCCCUUUGCCUUUUAACCAUUUCCUCCAUUUAGUCCAGUCCACCAGUCUCUAACCCCUAUUCGCACUAUGCGCUACAAACAGAACUAUGCUGCAAGAGUAGAUCCAUGUCAAAGGGCUCCGUCAUUAUCCUUUUAUUUCCUCUACAAAGUACACAGACACACACGACCAUUGCAUGAGGCUGUGUUGGGUCUUAAAAGUGCAUUUUCUAUCCCUUUAACAUCACUGUUCUGUCUUCAUUUGUACGCACUCUGUCCUGAUUAUCACUUCUUGUCAUCACACCUGUCGGCAGAGAUUUGGAAAUCGCUUUACAUCCAUCCACAUCACAGAAUAUGACUGAAUCAGAUCCACAUUUGAUUCAUGAAUCAAACAUCAGUGACAAACACAUGCCAAGACACAAGUCAAAUUCUUGAAGAACUUCCAAAAUUUAUUGCAAGUGAAGUGGAAUUUUAUGUCAGUCCACACUAAUGCACACAUUCGCACGCAAAAAAAGCAUAAACACAUUUAACUGCUGAAAUACUGAAGAGGAUUCAGCCUUGCCCCUUUGUACAGCCUUGAGACUGUUAUGUUAUAACCACUAAUUCUACUAUAUAUGUGUAUGUGUCUUUACUAUUCAAGUUUGUUACUUUUUGCAAGACAGAGAGAAUGCUGAGUGCCUCGUAUUUAUUCAUUUUCCGUCUCAAGUUUAUUUAACCACAACCCCACGUGGGCAGGCUAAGAGGAAACUAAUAACCUUCAACAUUAAGAAAGGUGACCCUCCACUCAUCCAACCUCCCUCUUCACCCUGAAAUGGCAUGCACUGUUUUGUCUUUCUCUCCCAGACCCCCUUUUGGACCAGUCAAAAAGGGAAAAAAUGGGGUUUCUACGGUGUCAUUUCCAGACACCUUUUUGGCCGGAUGAGAUUUUUUUCAGCAUGUUUGUUUAGCCUGCUCAAUCUGGUGUCGGUUUGUGAGUUUCUUCCUCUCGUCUUUUUUAUCCAGCAACACAAGGCUACAUGAGGCAUAGGGAGCAGUGUAAAAUAAACGCUAGCUUUUAACUCUCAGUGGGUACUGAAAUGUCCUGAAUUUAUGAAUGAUCUAAAAAGAAACUCUCUGCUACUGUAUGUUUUAUACUUCGCACCCAGUGGCAUCAUCAUGUUGUGACAUCAUUGCAUGCCCGAGCAUGCUCUUUCUUACUCUUUGGUUUAUGGGGUUGUUUCAAAGUUAAUGUGGAGAAAAUAAUGAAAUGUUUGAAAUUAACUAGUUUGGUGUGGUUAUUACUGCUGUCUCCACUGAUACAAUGUCAUGAAGGUGGUGAAAAAAACUACACUUAUUGCUUCUACUACUGCACAGGGUUGUACAACAAUUCAGAGGCAAAAUGCAGAUUCAGUUUAAUAUGUAAUAUAAUCAACAAACAAGUCAUGUGUAUUAUUAUAUCAAAAACACGGGAAGAUAGGGUGAGAGGGAGCUGCAGCUCCAACUGCAACAUUAAAGUGAUAUACACAUUAAUGCAUCAAUGAUUAUGAUCCAGUAAUGUAUAGUAUUAAGAAACUGGCCAUUUUGCACAAUGUACUAAAAGGAUAUUGACUCUCAGCUUAUAAAAGCUAUUUUACUCUGUGGUUCUGCUACUUUACUUUCCUUAUUUUGUAAGAGGUCAUGAGCCAAAAAGUGUGAGAACCACUGGCUUAAUCUUUAACAAAGAAUUGCAAAUUAUAAGCUUCUCUGUUUAAAAUCUAAUGUCUAACAAGAAACUAAACCUGUCAGAUAAAUAAAACUGAGUAAAAGGUACAAUAUUUCAAAAGGCAGAGGAGAAGAAAUAAAAAGUAUCAGAAAAUGGAAAUUCACAAGUACAAGUGCAUCAAACUUCUACUUAAGUACAGUACUUAAAUAUACUUUGGUGCUUUCUAUCACUGACCAAUGGCCAGGGCCAUAUCCAGGAUUUUUGCCAUACUGAGAUCAUAGGUCCAACAACCCUCAACCCCUUUCAUCAAGCAAUAAAAACAACUCUAUAAAAUGUUUGUAUUGUUCAGAUUUUUAUUUGUUCAUUUACCUCCAACAAUUCCUCUAAAUAAAUGACAUAAUACAGUUUUUGUAAUUGCCCUCCAGAAUAGCACAAGUGUUUGCUGAUUUGAUGUGACAAUGCCAACAAAGUUAGGUUUAGGUGCAAAAAUGAU